UGCUAUUUAGCCACCAGUCGUCUAGAAAGCUCCAGUGUGAAAGGAAGACAAAAGCCAGUCAUGGACAUCCGGGUGUUGUUGGCUUUUUUGUGUGUGCAGCUUGUGUUGCUGCUCUCAGCCUUGCAGGCCACACAUGGCAGUACCGUAGGGAGACCCCCGUUGGUGGAUCCGCCGUACCGUACUCAUCACCGGGAAAGGAAAAGGCCGCCACUCUGGUUAAGAAAGUCACAAUCAAACUGCAGCCGGAGACUUUCAGCAUGUGGAAUACUCGGCGUGAUGGGUCCUCCUCCAACCUCUCCCCCUCCACCCCCUCCACCCCCUCCUCCACCUCCUGAGCCCAUCGCCUGCUUCAUGCAUGAGCCUGCACACCCGCCCAAUUGGUGACAAGAAUGUGUAGCCAGAAUGGAGCAACCUUCACUAGAUAUGAAUAUAUAGUCAGUCACUGUCCACCACACGGAGCUACUCCUACAUACUAUAAUGAGCUCUAAAGCAGGAGUUUGCCUGGAAGGGGCCCCUAACUUGCCAAACUCUAUGUUUCAAUCAAUGUUCACUUAUAUUCACUACCAUGAAGUGAUUAACGUGGACCCCCGACUUCAACAAGUUGAAAAACGUAUUCGGGUGUUACCAUUUAGUGGUCAAUUGUACGGAAUAUGUACUGUACUGUGCAAUCUACUAAUAAAAGUCUCAA